UUCCUUUGCAUCAUUGAUCAGAAAAACAUCGUUUGCAUCAAGUCGAUAGAGUUGAAUUUCUGUUUUUAUAAAGAAUUUUCUAGUAAUAAUUUGAAAUUUUUGUCAUAAAAUAGUCAAAUCUAUUGCAUUUUAAUUGCGGUGUUUCUGGAAAUCCUUUGCAAGGUUAAACCAAAAUGAUUGACCAGCUCAUCGCUCAUUUGAAAAAAUCGCACUUUAGGCCAAUAAUAGAUGUCUCAAAAGAAACACAUUCUAUUAAGGCUUUGAAACUUAUGUGUGUGAUUGAUUUUCACGUCGACCAGAAAGGACUUUACGAAAAAAUGAAAAGUCAUCCCAGACUUUUGGAGCAAUUGCUACAGUUUUAUUCUUAUGAAGCAUUCAAGUACUACAACUACAAACCCAAUCAAAAUGUUCAAGAUAUAAUUGGAGCAAAGGUGAUGCGAUGCAAACUGUGUAAAUUAAUUGGUCCGUAUGUGCAGAUUUUAAUACAUAUGGCAAUAACACAUGGCCAGCACAUUGGAUUAAAGAAGUGCGCAUAUUGUAUGCGUCAAGAAAUUACAUCGGAUUCACAUUCGAUGGAAAAUUGCUGCCGCAAACACCUGGAUACAUAUGAAAUCGAUGAGAACAGCGACAUCAUUUUCAUCGUUGAUGAAUUUUACAACGAUUUGAAGCAAAUAGCCACAGAUCUAGAUGUGAUUAUUUUACGAAAAGAUGACUUUACCGGCACUGGUUAUGCUAAAAAGGAAACUGUACAGAAGAAGAUAGUUGGCUUUCCAAAAAUGUGCACGGUUUUUACAGCACCAAAAUCAAGCCCGAAAACUGUCAAAGUUGAAGCACUCGACGAACUUUUUAUGGAUUUCGUUGAAAAGCGGUACGGUGGCAAUGGAUUAUCAAGACUACUGAAUCAAGAAGAAGAUGUUAAUACCGAUGACGAAGAUGUUGAUGGUUCAAGUGGUUUCAAUAACAUGAACACGGUUACGGCUUCGCAUUCGAUGGGAAGAGAAGGAACAAAACAAAUAUCAUGUCUUGACAUUGAAAGCAUAUUGCAACAGUUACAUGGUGGGAAAUCGGCUAAUGUGUCUAGUUCGAUGAGAGGCAAAGGAACAAAACGAGCAUCUUCGCGUGUUGCCAUUGAAAAAAUUCGACAGAUAAUUUCUGACGAUGAAUUGGUUAAAAAUUCUCUUGACAAGAAACGCAAAGAAACAAAACUGACGCCGAAAAAAAUGGAUACUCGCCCAGAACCUUUUGUUAAAACCGAAAAUGAAACCAAAGUUAAAACGGAGCCGUCGAAUACUUUUUUCAAUUAUUUAGCACAGCGCAUGGACCGAGUUUCAGAAGAGAAGCGAAAAAAAUUAGAGGACAAAAUCUUGCAGCUCAUUAUUUUGGACGAUUAGAGAUCAACAUUUAUCCAUGAAAGGAUUUCAAUUCGACAUACAACCACACAGAAAGAAAAUAUCAGACGACGCUAUACGCAAAACCGACUGGUA